AGUAGUUCAUAGUGCUUCUGUCGAAUACAUAUAUGAAAAACGUCUAAAACGUGGAUGGGAAGACGCUACUUUUCUGUGGAAAGAUAAACCCCUAGUGUGAAAGACAAUUCGACAUCGACCAGGUACCAACAGAGGUGGUGCUAUCACCAGGCAACAGGUGGCUGGCGCUGUGGGAACAGCGCAGGAACAAAUCAACAGAGCGACCUCAACACGUGCUCAUUCAUCGCAGCUGCAGUAAGCAGUAUCCCCUAGUCACCCCGUGGAAGUAGUGGCGCAGUUAGUGGUUUAGUGAUAGGAGUUCAGAAGAAAAUAUCUCUACAUGUUUCUAGGCUACGUCCAAAUACAAACACAGAUCUCAAUACGGAAAUAGACUACUGAGAGACAUGACAGCUGAACCUUGCGAAGAUAUCAUCAGGAACUUUACUAGGAUGACUACACAAGACUUCGAACAUGUCAUGUCACUGAUCGAGCCCAAAAUAAGAAGAAUGGAUACCAACAUGAGAGAGGCUAUAACCGUUAAGGAGAGGUUGACGCUAUGCUUAAGAUUUCUUGCAACAGGUGAUUCCUACACGAGCCUGCAAUAUCUCUUCAAAAUAUCGAAGAGCGCAAUAUCAAGAAUCAUUCCAGAAGUUUGCGAUGCCUUGAUCGAAUCAUUUCAGGAAUAUGUAAAGGUACCAUCUACUACAGAGGAGUGGCUUCAGAUCUCCGCCGAAUUUGAAAGAAAAUGGCAAAUUCCUCACAUAAUCGGAGCCAUAGAUGGGAAGCACGUUGUACUACAAGCACCUAUCAAUUCAGGAACUGAACACUACAACUAUAAACAUUUUUUUAGCAUUGUGCUUUUUGCAUUAGUCGACGCUGACUACAAUUUCAUUUAUGCUGACGUAGGAUGCCAUGGCCGGAUAUCGGACGGUGGUGUAUUUAAAAAUACGACAUUAUACAAAAAAUUAGAGGGGCGUGAAUUAAAAAUUCCGCAGCCAGAAGUCUUGCAAAUACCGUAUUCUAUAGAAGUACUAUAUUAUAUAUUGGGUGACAAAGCGUUUGCUUUGAAUGAAUAUACGAUGAAACCAUUUGAUGGUGAUCCCGAGCCUCGUUCAGCAGAACUUGUAUUUAAUUACCGUCUUUCUAGAGCGCGUCGCGUCGUAGAGAAUGCAUUUGGGAUAUUGAGUUCAGUAUUUCGGGUAUUGAGGAAACCCAUACUUUUGGAACCAAAAAUAGCAACUAAAGUUACAUUAGCAACAAUAUAUUUACACAACUUUCUACGCAAACGUACUUCACGUGCAACAUACACACCGCCUGGAAGUUUUGAUACAGAAACACAAAAUGGCGCAAUUAUAGACGGCCGUUGGCGCAAUGAUGGACCAACGACAUCGUUGAUGCCAACUCGCAACAUUCCCCGAAGAUCAUCCAGACACCACACAAACGUCCGUCUGCAUAUAGUUAACCACUUUAUUUGGAACGAUCCUUUACCGUGGCAAGAAAACUAUUAAGAAUCUACUUACUUCAGAACUCUCUACUACUUCUGUAUCCAUUGUUUCUCUUGGGUUGUCUUUAUCGGAUAAAAAAUCGAAAUAUUUGUAAGCGAACCAUUUAGAGUUAUAUACAUCCUCGAUACCUGUAACAAAUAAUGAUAAUAGUAAUAAUAAAUUAAUAAUAAGUUAAUAUCAGUCUAUGGAUUUGAAAACAGUAAAGAAUGACUUACCGG